AUGCCGUCCUCAAUCAGCUUCUCCGCUGGAACAGCGACCGACACAUCUAGCAACUCGAUUUACAAUCGUCCCCAAAAGAAACUCAAGAUGAGCAUCACCCAGACCUACUUCCUCGCCCACAGUGCCCGCGGCAAGCUCUCGAAAGAGGCUUCCCGGCCUGACCACGACCUGAGGCUCCUGGUCGGACACGCCAACAUGCUUGACUCUCUCAUGCUCGAUCUGGCCACUGCCGAGCAGGAGCAAGAACGCUGGUUCAACAACAUCGUCUCCGGAUCAUCCGCCGCCGACGAGACUGAGGAAGAGGAAGAGGAGGACGAGAGCCGACACGCACGCAUUGAAACCAUUGUGGAAGAGCCCGAGUUGGACUGGAAGGCUGAGGAUGCCGACAGUACCGAUGAGGAAUCCGAGGACGAAGAGGAGAAGUCAGCCACCAACAUCACCACCAUUGAGUUGGACUCGGACAUGGAGGAAGAUGAUGAGACCGAUGGGGACCUCUCACUCACCCGAACUGCCUCUCGACAUUCACCGCCUGAACUGAGUCUGGACACGGAUUCGUCCGACUCGGAUGACGACCACAUGCCUCCUUCACCGCCCUCGAACUCGUUAGAGGUGCUGAGUGAAAAGCAACGGCAAGCCAUAGCCACCACUUCCUACUACGAUGCCAAAGACACGACCUCAUUAUCACCCGCCGACUCGGAAGCAAUGGAGCAACAAGGCUUCUAUCUUCCAUCAAGGCAACAGCCGACCAUAAUCGCUGCCUAUUAG